AUGGCCUACCACAAACGCCCUACCUCGAGCUACCAACCUUGUGACACAUUCUUCGUGGAAUCAUACGAGGACUUUCCUGUUCCCCGGAUGGAUCCAAAGGAACAUGCAAAGCUGAUCGCUCGCGAGCGUCAGUAUGCUAUCGCCGAUGAAUUGUCCCGGAUUACGAGCGAGGAAUACCGUGAGGACGUGUUAUCCCACAUGCUGGACAUGGAUGCUUCUACCCUUGCUGAUGUCGAAUCGAUUGACAUCCAAACGGAAAUCCAGUGGUUCAUGCGUCCUUACCUUCUUGACUUCCUAAUCGAAGCUCAUACCGCCUUCCAAUUACUGCCAUCGACCCUGUUCUUGACCGUCAACCUUCUCGAUAGAUACUGCUCCAAGCGUGUGGUCUAUAAGAGACACUACCAACUGGUUGGCUGUGCAGCUUUGCUGAUUGCGGCCAAGUAUGGUGACAAGAAGGAUCGUGUACCAACUAUCCGGGAACUCAAGUCCAUGUGCUGCUCCCUGUACGACGAUGACAUGUUCAUCCAGAUGGAAUGGCAUGUCUUGCAAACCCUUGGGUGGACAGUCGGACACCCAACCGUCGACACCUUCCUUCAGACAGCAGUCAUGGACACUCCAUACGACCCGGAGGUGGAACACCUAGCUCUCUAUAUUGCAGAGAUCUCGCUCUUCCACCGCGAGUUCGUGUCCAAGCCAUCGUCGGACCUUGCUAGGGCAUCCCUUGCCCUAUCACGGUGCAUCCUCAACCGCCCUCAGCCCCGUCACACGGAAUGGGCCUCGCAGUAUGACUCGAUGACGCUAGUUGGGCUGUCACAGCAGCUUCACCAGCCAUCUCAGGUGCUCGCGAGGAAGUACUCCUCGUCUCACUAUUCCCGGGUCUCCAAGAUCCUCGAACAGUUCCUCGCUCGCCAGGCCUCGAUCGCAAGUUACUCGCCGCCGAGCCCACCCUCCGACAUGGUGGACAUCGAACCCAAGCCAUACGAAGGAGAAAUUGGGCUUGCUACUCCUCAGAAGGCUCCUCAUCCCUCCAACAUGCCACACGGCUAUAUCACCCCUCCAAUCACCCCUGAAAAUGAAGCCUUCGUCAAUGGUAGCAAUGCUGGCUAUGUGAAGACAGUCCAGGUGCCGAGCGCCUGCUCACCGUCACCCACACCUUCACCUAGUGUGCAGCAGUACAUGACCCACAACCCCUACCAGCAGGAGUCUGCCUACGUGUCCCAACAAUUUCUCCAACCCCAAAUGAGCUUCACCACCGGAUAUUAG